AUAUAAAACAAGCAGAUCUCAUCGUACAGCUGUGUUCCAAAAUUCAUUGUCGACGUUAAAAAUCUAUAGUUCGGAUCACGUUUGGCGGACAGUGCCGGAGUUAUCUUUGUUGAUGAGUGUGUAAAGUGUGAUAAUUUUGUUUUAAAUAGAAUAAGCAAUGGGUCCUAGUCGAAACGCUAUUCUGAAUCUUUAUCGGGAUUUAAUUCGAGAGAGUAAGAAAUGGAACUCGUAUAAUUACAGAAUGUACGCUCUGCGAAAAAUCCGAUGCGAAUUUAAGGAGAAUAAAGCGUUAAAAAAUGAAGAACAGGUUAAGCAAUGUUUUGCAAAAGCACAGGAGGCACUGGAAGUGAUCAAGAGACAAGUUAUAUUAAGCAAUCUUUACAGUACUAGGCCAUUAAUAAUCGAAACCAAAGGCAAAUUACAAGAUACAGGAAAAUAAAAUACACGCAACACUUAGCAAGAUUGAAUUAAAAAAACUUUGAGAAUUGUAUUUAAAAAAAAAAAAAAAAAUAGUAUAUCUCUUUGAGUUUGAAAUUCGCACUAUCCUCAUAAUUUUAUGUUAUACGUUUUGCAAGUAGUAGGUUUUUAUAUUUAUAUAAAAUUUACGCUUUUUACAUAAAAAGUUUACAAAGUAUUAAAAGACAUGCGCUCUGUUGUGAUCUGCUUAUUGACUUUUGUGGAGCAGAAUUGUGAGCAUAUAUCUAUGCAUCUAUUGAAGGUAGAUAUUUAUGACGCAUAAGUUAUCUUCGUAGGAUGAGCUUGCGUGUUAAAGAAAUAUGUAUAGCAUUUAACUGUAUAAAAGAAGUACUAUGCUAAUUUCUGUAAUUUGUUUUUUUUAAAUUAUAUAAAGCAAAUUUGUAUUUUAUUUGAAUAAGGAGGCAAAACUAGUAAAUAAUGAAUAAGAUGCAAAUGAUAGAUAUUUGUAUAUGUUUGUAAUAUAAGUAAGUUGUAGUACAAAUUGUGUAUAACUCAAAGAAAAUACUAAAUAAAUCACUUCAUGAAUCA